CACAUUUGGCAACAGCUGUUUUCCUGUGACUGGCAAAUCGCAAAGAAGAAGAGAGCGCGCACGUUUUAUUUUAUUUACAAAAUUCCUCUGCAUUAUUUUUAAAUCAAAUGUACCAAAAUGGUGGAUAAUUUAACGUUAAACAUAAAUACAAAGCCUGCUGCCAAGAAAAAACAGCAGAAUGGACCUCCGAUCCAAAAACGUGCUGCAGCUUCGGAGGUAUUUGACUUUCAGUUCAACGUGGACAAGCCCAAAGUCAAGGCGAUUGUUUUGAGACGAAAGGUCACUAAGCCCGCCGCCACUACUCCCUCAGUUCGGGCACCUGUCACUCCUUCGCCAGCUCCUACCGCUGCACCAACUUUUAGCGCCAAAACAGCCGCUGGAGCUUCCACCUCCGGAGAUGAUUUCAUGCUGAAUGUGACCAACCAGCCGGUGGCCAAGUCGGUGGCUGCCAAGCCCAAGCCCAAGAUCACCAGGGCCGAGCGAUUGGGCCGCAAACAGAGGAACCAGAGCCGAGUUGUGACCAAGCUCAGCGACGAGCAGCUUUCCAAGGCACUGAAAAACCACCGGCGGGCUGUGAACCCCAAUCAGAUGCCUCGGGCUGGAGACAUUUUCAAGCAACAGAUGGAGGAGGAGCGGCGGCGUGAGAAGGGAGAGCCGGAGACGACAGAGAAGGAUGCGGACGAAGCAAAGGAAACCAAACAAAGACCCAACAAAGAACCCUCAAAUGACGAAGAAUCCCACUCAGAAGCCGAGGAGCAAGCUCCCAAGCCCACACCCCCCAAGCAGGACAAUAAGAAAUCUGAAAUCAAUCGUUUUCGAACGAAAAAGAUCGGCUUGUUCGACCAAAGCGAUGUCGAGGCACUGAAGCAACUGGGCCAACGCGCCGUGAAGCCCGUCAAGGAGACCAUAUUCACGGGCGCCAAGAUCGCCUCUCUGGGCCUGCACGCCCAUGCCGUGAAGAACCUGGAGGACCUGCUAAGCAUCCGGGAGCUGACCACAGUCCAGCAGAAGGCCAUUCCGCCCAUACUGGAACGCAAGGACGUCCUGGUGCGCUCCCAGACGGGCUCCGGCAAGACUCUGGCGUAUGCCCUCCCGCUGGUGGAGAUCCUACAGAAGCAGCAGCCCCGCAUCCAGCGCAAGGACGGCGUCCUGGCCCUGGUCAUUGUCCCCACCCGCGAGCUGGUGAUGCAGACCUACGAGCUGCUCCAGAAGCUGGUGAAGCCCUACACCUGGAUCGUGCCGGGCUCCCUGCUUGGGGGAGAGAGCCGGAAGAGCGAAAAGGCCAGGCUGCGGAAGGGCAUCAAUAUACUGGUGGGCACUCCGGGACGCCUGGUGGACCACCUGCUGCACACGGCCUCCUUCAGGCUCACCCGACUGCAGUUCCUGGUCCUGGACGAGGCCGACCGGCUGCUGGAGCUCGGCUACGAGCGGGAUGUGAAGCAACUGGUGGAAGCCAUCGACAAGCAGCGCAGCGAGGCGGAGCAGAAGGACCUGCCGCAGCUCCAGAGGCUGCUGCUGAGCGCCACUCUGACCUCGCAGGUCCAGCAGCUGGCCGGGCUGACCCUGAAGGAUCCCCUCUACAUCGACAACAGCGACGAGGCGGCCAGCCUGGCCCUGAAGUCCAAGGACGGCUACCAGAAGGAGAGCAUCGAGGCGCAGCUGGGCGUGGAGGAGGACGGCCUGGGCGAGUACCAGGAGGAUGUGACGGGCGUGCUCAGCAUCCCAGAGAAUCUGCAGCUCAGCUAUGUGGUGGUGCCGCCCAAGCUGCGUCUGGUGGCUCUCUCCUCGCUCCUGGCCAAGGAGGUGGAGGCCAGCCCAAAGCAGUUCAAGGCCAUUGUGUUCAUGAGCACCACCGAGAUGGUGAACUUCCACCAUGACAUGUUGAACGAAGCCCUGACCCGCCGAGUCCUGGACGAAGAAGACGAGAAGGACGACGAGGAGGAGGACGACGGAGAGGAGCCUCUUCUGCCUGGCCUGCGAUUCUUCAAACUCCACGGCUCCAUGACCCAGACGGAGCGCCAGGGCGUCUUCCGGGGAUUCCGCGACUGUGCCAGCUGCGUCCUACUGGCCACCGACGUCGUGGGCCGCGGCAUCGACGUGCCGGACGUGAAGCUGGUGGUGCAGUACACGCCGCCCCAGACCACCGCCGACUUCGUCCACCGGGUGGGACGCACAGCCCGGGCGGGCCGAAAGGGCAGGGCCGUGCUCUUUCUGGCGCCCAGCGAGUCACAGUUCGUGCGGCACCUGGAGAAGAAACGGAUCCGCAUCCAGCAGGGCGACAUGUACGCCUACCUGCAGGCCCUGCUGCCCAAGGACGAGGAGGCGAAGACCGUCCAGGAGGCGGCCUCGAAUCUGCAGCACAAGUUCCAGUCGCUCCUCGAGGACGAUCGCGAGCUGCACGACAAGUCCUGCAAGGCCUUUGUGUCCUGGAUGAAGUUCUACUCGACGUUUCCCAAGGAACUGAAGCCAAUCUUCAACGUCCGCAUCGCCCACAUGGGCCACUUCGCCAAGAGCUUCGCCCUCAAGGAGGCGCCCACCAAGUUCGCCGCCAAGCACGCCGCCCCCAAGGCGGCCCCGCCCACCAAUCGACUGACCUACACAGAGCGCGAUCCUGAGAAGAUCCAGGCCCAGAAGAAGGCCAAGCGGCGCAUGUUCACGACGACGGUCAGUGGGGAAGUGCGGCAGUUGCAGCAGCGGGAAGGACCUGCUCCGGAGGGCAGAAAGCCCGGAGGUGGACCCGGAGCUCCUGUCGGUGGUGGUGGAGGUCCUGUGGGCCGGAGCAGCUUCAUGAAGAGCCUGAGCAAGUCGCGAGCCCUCAACAUGUCCGAGUUCGACAGCGGCCUGCCGGCGGCGGGUCCUGCCAAGCGACGGAAGCAGGCGUAGGACUACGCUUAGACCCAAGGAUGCAGGAGGAGUGGAGGGGCAAGGAGUGCUGGGGACCAGGACUGCUCCCCGGAUGGCAAUGCUCCGGGCAUUUUGCGGCGUUUUAUGCGCGCCAUUUUGCCCGGCCAGUUGGCAGCUGCCAGCUCAAGCGUUUAAUCGAAAAGAAAAUUGCUCCUUCGGCAGGACGCAUAUAUCCCUGUAUAUAUCUAUAUAUAUAUCAAAUAUAUCUAUAUCUAUAUGUAUAAAUGACUGUCGCCAAGGAGAUGGCCGAGAUGCGCUCAUAAAAGUUUCAUUUUUCUCAACUUUUAAGCCCGGACGUCCUGCGGGAAAAGUUGCCUGAGAAGCUGCCUGACAGCAUAUUUUAAGAUCCUUUUUCCUUUUUUUUUUUUUGUUUUUUGAUAUUUUUUGUAUUUUUUGUUUGAUUACCCGCCAUAAUAUGGUGAUGCUUUUUUCCUUCUUUUCGUGGAUAAAUAUUAGAAAUCCAUUUUCCGCUCUCUGCA